UCCCACUCACUCUCCGCCCCCGUAUAAUUUUUUCUGAAACCCUCUUCUGCGACCACUCCUCCGCUGUAGACGGCCAAAACAGUAAAAAAUGGCCGCUCCGAUCCAGUCCGUACAGUGCUUCGGCCGCAAGAAGACUGCAGUGGCGGUGACCUACUGCAAGAAAGGCAGGGGACUGAUCAAGAUCAACGGCUGCCCCAUCGAGCUGGUGGAGCCGGAGAUCCUCCGGUACAAGGCGUACGAGCCGAUCCUCCUCCUCGGCCGCCACCGCUUCGCCGGCGUCGACAUGCGCAUCCGCGUCAAGGGCGGUGGCCACACCUCCCAGAUCUACGCCAUCCGCCAGAGCAUCGCCAAAGCCCUCGUCGCCUUCUACCAGAAGUACGUCGACGAGCAGUCCAAGAAGGAGAUCAAGGACAUCCUCGUCAGGUACGACCGGACCCUCCUUGUCGCCGACCCCAGACGCUGCGAGCCCAAGAAAUUCGGUGGUCGUGGUGCUCGUGCCAGGUUCCAGAAAUCGUACCGUUAAGAGUUAUACUAUCAGUUAUGCUCUCAAAUUCUCUUAUCUUUUUGUUUUGAUUACUUAUUAAGGACCAGGGUGUGGUGUUUGAGAGGUUUUUCUGAGACCUCAACAGUUGAUUUUGCCUAUUAAUAUGUCUUUUUGGAUGAUAGAUGGAUAUUAGUAUGCUUUUGAGUUUUGACCCUUUGAAUUAUUAAAUGUCUUGAAUCCAGAAGUUAAAAGUUUGAAUAUUUAUUGCUUUGGUUGAUUUAUUUCAAGAUAA